AUGGCAUUUCUGUAUCAGAUGCUAGGAAGCAAAAUAUGGCCACCCCGCGACACGAAACCUGAUCUCACUGGACGAACUCUACUCAUUACAGGCGCGGAAUGUCUCCCUAACUCAGGACUUGGUUACGAAUCGGUGAUCAAAUUCGUUCGUGCCUCCGCUAAAAGAAUCAUCAUCGGUGUCCGGUCCAUCGAGAAAGGCGAGGAAGCAAAGAGGGCAAUUCUUGCUCAAAUACCUCAAAGUAAUGUCACAAUCGACGUUUACCAUCUAGAUAUGUUGGACUACACUACUAUCGAGGCUUUUGCGUCUCGCGUCAAUCAGGAGGUAGAACGACUAGACUAUGUUGUCCUCAACGCCGGCAUUAGUCCUCAUGCUUACAAGAAAUCGGCCUACGGAUUCGAAUCAGGUAUUCAGGUUAAUCUGGUAUCGACGACACUUUUAUCUUUACUUCUUCUGCCUAAGCUAUUGGCGAGCAAGACCGAUACCUUCACCCCUGUGCUCGAAUUGGUGGGGUCCGGCACACACCAGCGCAUGCCACAACUCCUGCCGGAGACAGAUAACACUGAAAAGGAUAUCUCAGAGGUUUACAACUCAGAAACCUCAUUCAGGACAUUUGGAUUCAUCCAACAAUACUCAUUGACAAAGCUCUUUCUCAUGUAUGUGCAGUGGCAACUUGUGAAGCUUGUGGAUGAUAAAGUCUCUGGAUCACCUCGAGUAUAUGUCAUCGUUGUUGGCCCAGGUCCGACUCAGUCUGGUCUUGGAAGAGACUUUCAAGAACAAUCAUCUCUUGGGGUCCGCGUCGCUGUCCACACCAUGAACCUUUUGACGAAAACAGCUGAGCAGGGUGCACGCACAUAUCUCAGUGGUCUUAUGCUUGGCGAAAAAGGCCAUGGACAAUUUUGGCAAUGGGACUCAGUUAAUAGGUGCUGA